GAAAGACUUCUGUGCAAAAGCGUACUCGUUGUUUAAGCGGAUCGAUCGUCGACCAUGCUCGUGCUGUGGCUUGCGGUCGUUCUGGCUGCUCUCUUUGAGACUGCUGCUCAGACGACCUCACCGUCCGUCUUUGAGGCGCGACGCCUCAACAAAUGCCUGGACGCCGCUUGGGUCGCUGCGACGGCAAAGCGGCUGAACUUGGACCCCAAUGCCCUCGAUGCCCAGCGCCGCCGAGCAAAUCCUUUCUUGCGCCAAGGACUUCAGGAGCCCCGCUUCACACUCAACGACCCCCGCCAGCACUCUCCAGAUGCGUUUCAACCCAGUUGCUUCAAGUCGCGGCAAUCCAUCCACGGCGUUGGCGAGCGCGUGUUUCCCAAUGGCUCGGUCGCCACGAAGGGCUCCUGGAACGGAUCGUUUGUUCUUGAGUACAACACGUGGCAGUCCCAGACGCUAACAGCCUCGAUCAUUUCGAUCUUGGUCUCGGAAGUGGUCGGAUACCCCGUGUCUUUUUCAAAACGAGCGGCGGGCUCGGCGUCACGGAGCGCAUGUCCUCUGUCGGCGCGGGUGCGUGCACUCCGUCACACGUCAGCCCCGAAGUUUGGACGAGCUCCAAGAUGGCGCUUCUGAAUGUGUAUGCCAACGAAACGAGUUCGUCGGCCAUCGGCUACAACGGCCAAUCGGGGCUCUACACACUCAAGGCCAAUGUCGACGAAGCGCUGAAAGGACCCAAUUCCACAGUCGGCAACUUUAGCCGCAUUUAUUCGGCAGACUGGUGGCGCGACUUCGCUUUGGGCUCGGAUUUGAUCAACUUUUACUCGAUGGCCAACUUCAACCUCAGUCAAGUGGGUCUCGAAAGCGCAUGUGCCAACAAGUCGUAUGGGUGCUUGAGCGGCUGCUCUCAGACCGCUGCCUGCACUACCGCACUCAAUCAAAACAGGACGUGCAUGCUGGUGGCUGGCCAGUAUGGCACGGACGAUCAAGGAUACCUCCAGUCGGCCAUGGGCAACAACAACAUCCCCGCACGCUUCUGCUACUCUGGCUACACGCCUGUAGGCAACCUCGUGACGAGCACCAUGGCCAGCGGCGGCGCCGUCACUUUUUAUCACUACGAGCCCGACAUCUUCCACUUUGCCAACCCCAACAAGUUUGUGCGCGUGUCGCUGCCGCGGGCAAAGCCCGAGAUGGUCGCGCUCGCCACCGGCCAGUUCGGCUCGAACGGGUUUGGUGAGCCGUCGCCAGACCCGGUCAGCGUCGAUUUUCCGGAGCAAGCACUCAUGAAGUACUACUCCAACUACCUCUUGGACACGACCAACUUGAACAACUUUUUGCGAAAGUUCCAGCUCACCAAGCUCGACAUCAACAAUUUGCUCUUGGCGUAUGCCAGCAACGUGACCAACAAUGCCGCCCUUCCCGACGUCGAGUAUGCUGUUGCGUGCGACUGGGUCAAGAAGAACUAUGAAAAAUGGUAUCUCUGGGUCGACCGUCUCCCGCUCUGCACGAUGGGGACCAACGUGCGCUACAGCUUCUCCAACUGCAAUAGCUCGUCGCAACCCCGCAUCGUAAACUUCGCAUGGACAACGCCGGACCCCGCCAAUAGCUCGCAACCGUACGACUGCGACGGCGGAUUUAGCACCUUGCCGCCACCGUUCUAUACAAGCCGAUCGUGCGAGUGGCUCGACGCCAACACGGCGCUCUGGGGGCUCUGGCUUAGCUCUCCACCGACGUGCGACUUGUCUUUUUACAACUACUCGGUCUCCGAGUGCACGGGCAGCUCAAUCCGGAACGUCGAGUUCUUUUGGCUGCUCCCGAGCAAGACGAACUACCUCGUGAGCGGCGAAUGCAUCAACGGCGUCUCGCUCCCGGCCAAUACAACCGUCGCCUGCGAUUACGUCCCGACAUUUUCUGGCGUCUACACGGGAAUUGCCACCAUCACGGUGAUCAUCCUCGUGCUCCUCGUCGUCUUCGUCGCUUUGGUGCUCAAAUACCGCGAAAGGCCAGUCAUCAAACGAUCGCAGUGGCAUCUUCUUUUGGUGCUGCUUUUCGGCGGCAUCCUCAUUUGCGCCUACGUCCUCCUUGGCGGCGGGGCCCCCUCGAGCAUUUUAUGCGGCGCGCGGCCCUUCGUGGGCUCUCUUGGGUACACGCUCUGCUUUGGAUCGCUCCUCGUCAAGUCGCUCCGCGUCUACCUCGUGUUUGAAAACAAAGCGAUGAAGAAGCGUGUCGUAUCGGUGUGGCGCAUGCUGCACAUUCUGAGUGCGAUUGUCGGUGUCGACAUUGGUAUCAUUGUCGUAUGGCUCCUGGCCGAGUUUCCCGGACCGUCCACGUACACGGCGGCCGCGUCCGAGUUUACCGGCACCGUCGUCCACGUCGAGUGCCACUCGUCCAGCUUUAUCUUCCCCGUGCUCUCGAUCUUUUGGAAGGCCGUGGUGACGUUCGUGGGCCUCUACGUGUCCUUUUUGAUUCGACACGUGAGCGGCGACUUUCAAGAGUCGAUUUGGAUCUUCUCGGCGUCGUGCGUCGUGCUCGUGGGCUCGCUCCUCAUGAUGACGAUGGCGUACCUCGUCGCUCUACCGGCCGCCGCAGCGUACGGCUUCUUGUCGGCCAUCACCCUCUUUUGCACGGUUGCUACGAUGGCCCUCAUGUUCGGGCCAAAGUUCACGCGCCUCAACCGCGAAGACAUGACGACCGAUACCGGAGCUACCAACGGCACGAAGGGAACAAAGGGCUCCAAAACGUCCAAGACGUCCAUGGUUGUCUCGAGCGCUAUCAAUGCGUCCGUCGUGUCGUCGGCUCGUGGCCACGACGUGCAGUCCCACUGACGUACGAUGCAGCUAAAACGAAUGCAUGUGACUUUACAAACCAACCAACAUUGCGUCA